AACCACUUGUACCUAAUUCUCUCCCCUCGGAAAAUCCCUUUCAUUUUCAGGCCACGUUACAAUCACACCACCGCCAACGGAGUUUCAAUUUGCGCCGCCGGCGAAGAAUGGUAUCGGACUCGGAGCUCGUCAACCGGCUACGGGAGUUCCUAAGCACGUCUGAUCUCAACACCACCACAACAGCUAGCGUACGCCGGCAGCUAGAGCAAGAUUUUGGAAUCGAUUUAAGGGAUAAAAAGGCGUUUAUUCGAGAACAAGUUGAUCUUUAUCUCGAAAGUCAAGAACAGAACGAAGAAGAUAAAGAAGGUAACGACGAGGAAGAACAAGUCGAAGUUGAAGAAACAGAAGAUGAAGAACCCAGCACUGGCAAGAAUGGCGGUAGCAGAAAAAAAGGGUCAAAAAAGGAGAACACAGAGGUUAAGAAAAAAGGAGGUGGAUUUACAAAGUUAUGUACUCUUUCUCCACAACUUCAAAAAUUUAUAGGAGUUCCUGAAUUAGCUCGAACAGAGGUUGUAAAACAAAUGUGGGGUUACAUUAGAGAACAUGAUUUGCAAGAUCCUGCAAAUAGAAAAAACAUACGAUGUGAUGAAGCAUUACGUGAGCUUUUUGAAGUGGAUACAAUUGACAUGUUUCAAAUGAAUAAAGCUCUUGCAAAGCAUAUAUGGCCUUUAAAUUCUGAUGGUGCUUCAGUCAGUUCAACACCGAAGGAAAAACCAAAAAAGAAAGAAAGAGAAGAAGAUACAGAGGAGCCAAAAAGAAAGGAGAAGAAGCAAAAGGGUAGUGGGGGUGGGGGUGGGGGUAAUUCUGGUAUUCUUGCUCCAAUUCCACUUUCAGAAGCUUUAGUCAAAUUUCUUGGAACAGGAGAAAACGCAUUGUCACGUUCCGAUGUUGUUAAAAGAAUUUGGGACUACAUUAAAAAAAAUAACCUUCAGGAUCCAUCGGACAAGAGAAGAAUCUUAUGUGAUGAGAAUUUGAAAGAGCUUUUUGAUGUUGACACUUUCAUUGGAUUUGGGGUUUCUAAACUUUUAGCUACUCAUUUCAUCAAGGGCGAGAGGUGAUUUGCUUUUACUUAUUAUUAGAUCAUGAAAUAUUUUUGGAAAUUUUGCUUGGAUUUUUCUUGUCUAAUUUAAUGUUGUUACACUAUGACAUGAAAUGUAUCUUGUUAACACUCUAGGACCAAAAAUGUCAAAAACC